AUGCCUUCUCCUCUCGCCUGGCCGCGAGCUCUUGCUAUCUCUCUGCUUUCUCUUCUCACCCUCGCGCCUUAUUCUAAUGCCAGAGAGGAAUCUUUAUUUACGUCGUCUGUAACAUAUUGCAACCCGCCAGAGACACUCCUCAUCCAACGCUUCGAGAUCGCCUACUUUCCUUCCAAUACUUCCGUCUCCUUCAAUGUCUCCGCAGCCAGCGUCCAACCCAAUGUCAACGUUACUGCCAACCUCUUCCUCAACGUAUACGGGAUGAACCCUGUCAAUGUCACCCUCGAUCUUUGCAACAUUCUCAAUGGCGCGCUGUGUCCACUUCCGAUGUACAACUUCACGGGUGCAGAUUCUCUGACGCUCCCUGCCUCCUUGGGUGUUGUCGACCGCAUCCCCGGAAUCGCAUACAAGAUUCCAGACUUGGAAGGAUUCGCUCAGCUUACGCUAACGGAAGUCCAGACUGGCACUGUCAGGGCAUGCGUGCAAGCUACUCUCGCCAACGGUCGGUCAGCACACCAACCUGCUGUAGAAUGGACGACAGGUGGAGUGGCGCUUGCAGGACUAUUGGCAGCUGUUUGGCAAUCCAUCCUAUCGCCCGACUCUAUCCUCCCAUUCCGCCUCCUCGAGCUCAUGUAUCUCUAUCAAUCGAUUGCGAGCAGCUCAUUCCUCAACCUCAACUACCCUUCGGUGUAUCGCGCAUUUGCCCUUAAUUUUGCCUGGGCGUCGGGGCUGAUAUCCACUGGGUCGGAGUCGUCUCUGCAAAACUCGAUUAAUCGCAUGCGUCAUCUCACAGGAGGCAAACUCGCCGACGCCAGCAGUGGUUCCGCCGUCGGGCUCGUCAACCGCAAGCUUAGUCCAUACAAUUCGCCCAGCACGAAUUUAGCGGUCCAAGAUUCGUUCGACAAUUUUGCUACCACCUCCAAUCUAUUCGAAGGAAUCUCCUCGGCUACUUUCUCCGGCCUGAAGGAGUCGAAUCUCUCGACCUACAUCAAGGCAAACACUCUGGAGACAAUCAAGAAUGGCGAGGUUCAGACGGUCACAGCCGUUUCAUCAAAUGUUCUUCAAGCAGGAGUGCCAAUCUACGUCAACUCCAUCCACAUCGCAACUGCGAACGCAUUCAUGACUGUGUUCCUUAUCGUUCUAUGUCUUUUUGCCAUCGCCGCGGCCGUGUUCGCUAUUGGCUAUGGCAUCAUGUCCCUGGUGGAACGGAAACGGUCUCGGGCGCAUAAGAGCGCGGUACCUCUCGGCUUCGAUUGCCCGUCCUUCGUUAUGUCGUGGGUCCUUCGCUUGGGCCUCAUUGUAUUGUUUCCUCUUCUGAUUUUCAUCUUCUACCAAUGGACCCUCGACGACUCCUGGCUUUCAAUUUUGUUGUCGGUGCUCACGUUCCUCGCGAUCUCCAGCCUCAUCAUCUACCCCUCUUACGUUACCCUUCGAUUCGCGCGUCAAGAAUCACCCUUUGCUCUCUACAACAAAGACUCCCAACAGCUCGCUCGAUAUGGGCCGCUUUACGCGCAGUAUCGGGUGGAAAGAUACUACUUCUUUCUUCCUCUUCUCGCCGCCUUCUUCCUGCGUGCGUUGUUCAUCGCUUUCGCCAAGGGUUCCACAGAGGCCCAGCUUUCCUUGAUGAUCAUCGUCGAGUUCGGCCUUGUCGCGGCGCAUUUCGUCCUGAAGCCGGCACACACCAAGGGCGGAGAUGUCUUCACGAGUUACUUGGCGAUCACGCGCUUUGUGUGCACCGUUCUGAUGAUCGCGUUCAUCCAGCGCCUCGAGGUCAAAGCCAUUCCCCGCGUGGUCAUCGGCAUCAUCGUGGCCAUCGCCUGGUCCUUUUCCGUUUUGGUUGUCAUUGGGAACAUCGUGUGGAAUCUUGGGCUUGUAUUCCUAAGGAGAAGAGUACGGAGGGACAGGAACGACAGCUCGUCCACACUUGGCUCGCCUGCCAGAUCUGACGGCUCCAUGUUGGAAAAGGGCAUCCGGGGCAAUCACAAUGGGAGCACGAAAAGUGGACAUGAUGAGAAAAAUGACCCUUCGGUUUCGUAUGUGAAUGCCGCAGACGACGCUUCGGACGCGAUUGACGAGGUCGCCCGUUCGCGGCCUAUCAAUCCUACGCCCGAACAUAACAUCCUUCUCGACCCUUACAUCCUGACACCUUAUCCUAUAUCGCCGACUGGAUCAACAGUAACCACCAUGGACCCACCAAGCGUUUACACGCGGGAUUCCGGGACACUGACGGUUGGCAGCCUGCUGCCUCGUCGUUGGAGUUUUUCGUUGAGUCAGCCUGGGUCGCCUGGGAGCUCGAGUCUGGGACACCAGCAACAGCGUGGUUCGUUGACAUCGUCGCUGCCGCCGUCGACGCCGUCGGACGCCAGCCAUAGUGCUGGCGUUUCGAGGAACACGUCAGUCAGAGUGCAGCAUCAUCUGCAGACGCAUGAGGAUAUCCAGGAAGAGGAGACAACGUCACAUUUCACAAACACAUCACCAUCGACAAAUCCUGCAGCAGCACCGACAAAGGCGCCGGUUCCGGUAUCAUAG